UUAUUUUGCGCAUGCUAUAGUCGUAUUGAGUUAGCGCGAAGCAAAGAUGUCGGACGAAGACCUAAGAGAUACAAACACAGGCAAGAAGAAAGGACUCUUCUCCAGCCUCAAGCGUUCGAAGUCUAAAGGAGGACGUGGUAGGAAAAACGCCAAAUCGAGAUCCAUGCCGCAACUACCUCAGUCUUACGUUGAUAUGAAGUGUCAGAUAAAUGGCACUGCUACUAAAUCUAAUGAUCCAUUUAAUAUUUCUCAAUCAGCUAAAGGUGCCGAAGAAGACGGGGCUGCACCCCUGCCUUCACCAACGGAGGCUGGAGGUUUAACGGAAUGUCCCGCUCAGGAUGUUACCCCGGGCGCUUUGGCUGGUGAUGUAGCCAGAGCGGGGAAAUGUUCAUUCUUUGCUCUUGAAGUAGAGCUUAAGGAUGGAAAAGACUUGGCAGCCCGGGACAAAACAGAUUCUUUUAGUGUGGAAUUUCUUCAUGAAAAGCCAGUUACUAAACCUAUCACCAGGGCACCAGGCACCAGUGAUCCUUAUGUUAAAUUUAAAACUGAUGGGAAACAAAUCUACAAAAGUAAAACUGUGCAGAAAAACUUGAACCCUCAGUGGAAUGAAAAAUUCUGUGUACCAAUCGAAGACAUCACUGUUCCCCUCAUCUUGAAAGUACUUGACUUUGAUCGAGUUGGAAAUGAUGAUCCAAUGGGACGAGCUGUAGUGGACUUGUCAGCAAUUGAAAUUGAAAAACCCACAGAGAUGAUCCUUGAACUUGAAGAUCCAGAUGGAGGAAAAGAAAAGCUGGGUCAGAUAUGUGUUGUAAUCACUGUCCAACCUAAGAACUUUGAGGACAGGCAAGAGGUUUCCCGGAAAGCAGCUGCAGCAAAGAAAGGUCAAGCUGCUAAAGAACCAGGCAAAGCACAAUUGUGGGAUGGUAUUGUUUCCAUCAUACUUGUUGAAGGAAAAAAGAUGAUUCCCAUGGAUGAUUCAGGACUCAGUGACCCAUACUGCCGUUUCCGUCUUGGGAAUGAGAAAUACAAAACCAAAGCUUGUAAAGAAACCUUGAAUCCACAAUGGAAAGAGCAAUUUGAUUUAAAAAUGUUUCCUGACUCUCCCAUGAUGUUGGAAGUUACAGUCUGGGACAGAGACAUAAGGAAAGAUGAAUUCAUGGGCAGGUGCCAAAUUGAUUUGUCAACCCUGGAGCGUGAAAAGUCACACAAGAUUGAGGCAGCACUUGAAGAUAAUGCUGGAAUUAUAGUUAUGCAUCUGUCAAUAACAGGACUUGAUGCUCCAGGUUGUGAAUCAGAUUUGACUGCACACACAGAAAAGCCAGGAAGAAGAGGAGAGAUUGUCAAGCAAUUUCAUUUAAAGAACACACCAAAGAAGAUCAAAGAAAUUGGAUGGCUGCAGGUAAAACUUCACCGAGCUGUUGGAUUGGCAUCGGCAGACAUUGGCGGCACUAGUGAUCCAUUUGCAGUGAUUGAGCUGAACAACCAGAGGCUUGUUACACCAACAUUGUAUAAGACUCUGAAUCCUGCUUGGGAGAAAAUUUAUGAAAUGACAGUGUUCGAUAUACACGAUGUUCUUGACAUUACUGUGUUUGACGAAGACAAGAGAGGUGCUCCUGAGUUUCUCGGUCGAGUAGUUAUUCCAUUACUUCAGGUCACACCUGGUGAGAAGCGUUUGUACCAAUUGAAGAACAAGAGUCUGGAGGGAAGAGCCAAAGGGCACCUUAUCCUGACACUUGAUGUGGAGUAUAACCCUAUAAGGGCCGCUGUAAGGACCGUCAAUCCAAGGGAGCCUAAGGUCAUGUUUGAACCAGCCAAGUUCAAGAGGGCGUUAUUGCAGCGCAACAUUGACCGGGUAAAUAAGCUGGUUGCAAGUCUGGUUUCAACUGGAGCAUUCGUUCAAUCACUGUUCACGUGGCAGUACAAGUUUAGAAGUGCUUUUGCUUUUGCAAUCUACAUCAUGUUGUGCUUGAACUUUGACUUCUAUAUUAUACCGCUGACUCUUCUACUUACGUUUCUGAAGCAAUACGUCAUGUGUAUGUUACUUGCUGAGAAGAACGUAAAUCCAGAAGAACAGGAAGGUGCUCCGGUGGACGAGGAAGAAGACGACGAGGAAGAAGAGGAAGAAAAAGGAAAGAAAGGGGAUAAGGGUAAAAGUUUCAAGGAGAAGAUUGCAGCACUCACAUCCAUCUGUCAAACUGUGCAGAAUGCGUUAGAUAUGGUGGCCUCCAAUGGAGAACGAGUGAAGAACACGUUUAACUGGACUGUGCCGUUUUGUUCGUACUUGAUGUGCAUUAUCUUCACACUGGGAACCAUCGUACUUUAUCUUGUACCUCUCAAGUUCUUGCUUCUCGCCUGGGGAAUAAACAAGUUCACAAAGAAGAUCCGCAAACCAAACGCCGUUGAUAACAAUGAACUUGCGGACUUUUUGUCCCGUAUUCCUUCGGAUAUAGAGAUUAAAGAGCAAAAGGUACUGAAGACAGACCCGUCUCUCAGGUUAAAGAGGAUCGAUGGUUAGCGCACACAGUGAUACAGUAUGUAUCUUGCAAUGAACUCGAUCAGUUGUUCGACUGCUCUCGAGUGUGGUCCCUGUGCUACGAGUUGAAACUUUUGGGUUAAUCUACAUCGUCGUGGAGAUGAGAAUUUACAAGUGCUUUGAACAUUUUCAGUAAAGAAUUUUGCGAAUUUAGCUCUAUUUAUUAAAUUGUACAGUAUUUAUUACUUCUAGAGAAAAGAGAAAAUUAAUUGGAGAGCGAAAAGUAAGUUAAAUGGCGGCUCCACAGUCACUGAAUUAUAUUGGUCAGGCAGAUAAGUAGUGUGCUGCCUUUAAAAUAUUUACAUUGGGUUUGGAUGUACAGACUGAAAUAAUUAUAAUGGUUAAAGGGCAAACUUUCGUUUUUUGCACUUCACAAUUUUUGAAUCAGUGAAAGUUCUUUUUCGUUUUGCUUUGUCAAACAACGUAGUUGGAAAAAUAGAACUUGUUUGAAUUCAUUUAAAUUUCAAGCAUGAAGUGGGGUAGUCGGUGAUAAUAAAUUGGUUUUUAAGACUCUCCAGCCAAUUGCUGGUGUCGUGAGUCUCGUCCUUUUUUGGUUUUUGUUUCUUUUCAAAUGAUAUAAUUAGUUAGAGAACGAUCUUGUUUCAUUAAACUUUUUAACUUGUUAA